AUUUUUUUUAAUUUUUUUUGUGAUUUGGGUUAUCAACACCGAAAGUUGUGAUAAUAAAAAAUAUUAAUGAAGUAAAUACCCAAUAUGUUUACGUUAAAUAACCACCUGGAAUUGAGACGCGUAACAAUAUCUAGUUUACUCACAUGCAUUUAUUUACCGAGCAUAAUAAGCGUGAUCUCCUAUAAAGGUAUAUUGUAUUCCGUAGGAAGCGGUUCAUCAUUUUAUAUAUUGGUGCUAAUAUUCAUAGCAGAACUGAUAAAAUCAUUCUAUCUUAGUUCUUACAAUGAAACCCAAUCAAAAAAGAACAAGGCGAAGAUCAGAGUGAGUGACAUAGUUAAGGGUUUUGGCUUCUUGCUGGGUGUAACGUUUUGUUUUUUUCUGGGAAUAAUUUUGUUUGGAGCGCCUGUUUUAGACAAACACGAAGAGACAUUAAUGUUAUCCAGUUUACUGAUGUUACUGUCAGUUUUCCCCUUAGUGGCCCACACUGGAGUUGAAUUAGCAAUGCAACUUUUAUUUGGAGUAAAACAUUUUACAAAAGAUACAAUAAUUGCGAUGUUGGUGAAUAACGCGUUACUAUGUGUGUGCGGAGCCUGGAUGGGUGCAGUUGUGAUACCAUUGGAUUGGAACACUCCAUGGCAACAGUGGCCUAUACCAUGCUAUCUUGGAGCUAUUGGUGGAUAUCUCUUAUCAAAUGUUUUGACUGUAUUAAAAGUGACAAUGAUGUCAGCAAGUCAUAAAUAUACAUUUCUUAAUUUCUUUGUAAAUAUAAUUAACAAAUUACAUGUUUCCAAGUAAAUAAAUUGGUAUUUGAUAAAUUCAAAGUACAGUGUAAACUCUAUAUAACAACACUGAAGGACUGCAUUUUAUGGCAUUAUAGAGUUGUUGUUAAAUGGACAGAAUAAAAAUUAGAAUCGGAAAAAGUCUGAAAUACAGACUAGUGUUAGUAGUUAUGAACAUAUAAAAUAAUCUUAUUUGAAUGCUAUUGUAAUAAAUUUGCUUGGUGGAGGCUCAGGCUCAUCCAUCUCCUUGUUAUUGAUCCUCAGUGUUUCUCACUGAAUCCAAACUGUCUUAGUGUGUGAGUGACGUGACUUAUUUAUGGAAGAUUUCCCCUCACUUAUCUUCUGUCCCUGUUCUAUUGCACAUUUCAGUAAAUGUUUUCACUAAUA